CAAAAUUUCUCCCCCCGAAAAUUUCCAUUUCGCGCUCCCUCGCCUCGUUCCCCUUCCACUUCCACUCCCAGAUGCCGGCGAACCCCAAGCUCGCGGCGAAGCCCUCGCCGUCGCCGCCGACCGCCGCCGCAGCCGCCUCCCGGCCGAAAGCCACAGCCAAACCUCCCCUCGGUGCCGGAUACCGCGACAACGACGACGACGACGACGAUUUCCAGAGCCCUCCCCGUGCCAGCAGCCGCGCCGCCCGCGCGUUGAAGCCCUCCGGUAAUGGCGCGGCCUCGCGCCGCCCCAGCAAGAGGUUGAAGCCGUCGUCCUCGUGUUGCUCCGGGAAGGAGAACCGUCCAGCCGCCGCCGGUAGUGGCAGGGCUCCCGCUGGGAGGGCCGCCUCGAAGGGCGCGGGGGUUGGCGAAACCCUAGGUGUCGUCUCGAGGGUUAGCAGCGGCGUUCCAGGCGGGGACAAAGCGAGGGGCGGAGGAAUUUGCGGCCUAUUGAGGUGCGGAUCUGAUGACUUUAGUUCAGUUUCUAAUGGGAAGAAAGGAUUGGAUAGAUAUUGGCGUCGCGAUGGAGGUUUGCAUUCUCGCCCCAAUCCGAUGGAUUCCACGGUUUCGAUGCCGGAUGCCACAUGUGAUUUGGAAAAUGGGGGUUCUCAAGUGGCGCAAAUGCUCAGCUCCAAUGACCGUAUCUCAGUUCAGUUGGAGGGGAACGCUAAGGUGGAGUUGGGAAAGUCUGAAUCUGACCCUACGACUAUGCGGAAGGAACGGAAUGGCUCUGGGGCUUGUGAAAGUGAUCAUCCUGCAAGAUUGAUCGAGCCGAGGCUUCUGACAUUGGUUACAAAUUGUGAUUUUGGAGGUGCAGACUCCAUGGAUUCAAAAGAGCUUGGUUCAGCGAUUCAUCCCUCUGUUUCCAAAGAUAGGAAUGUGGAGAACGAAUCUGGGGGGGCAUCUGUAUGUACAUUUGCACUUCAUAACAGGAAUUGCCACUCGAGUUGUGUUGAAUCCGAACUUGAGAUGUUGAAUGCGAAGUAUGAUUUGGGUCCUCGUGAUUGCAAGGAAAGCCAAGAGGGUCCGGGACUUUGUAGCUUGAUUUCUGAAGAGAGGACAGUUGCGGCAGAAGGUGAUGCAACUUUCACAUUCGAGGAAAGGGGGAACACAUCAAGUGGACUUGAGGCUUGUAAGGGGAGUCACUGCUUGGAUCCAGUUGAACCAAAGCUUAUGGACUCAUGUGCAACACAUGCACUUGAAGGUGAUGGUUGUGAUGAUUUUGAGAUCGGAACACAACUUAAUGAGCUCAUAAACUUGUGCAUGGAGGAUUACACGGAGGGUCCUUUGAGCAACAAGGUGGCUUGCCUUGAAGGGAAUGGAAUGGAUUGUGGGAGUUUUAAUUCAUCUUGUGAAGUGCAAUGCCCUUUGUGUGGAUCAAAUAUUUCUGACUUAAGUGAAGAGCUCCGGCUGGUGCAUACUAACAGUUGCCUUGAUGGAGAUAAACCUGCUAAGGAACCGAAUUCCGAUAACCAAAAUGAACCCUGCGGUGAAAGCAAUGUUGAAAAGAGGCGUGUUAUGGAAUGGUUAAGGAAUCUGGGGCUAUCCAAGUAUGAGGAGAUUUUUAUCAAAGAAGAAGUUGACUGGGAAACCUUGCAAUGGCUCACAGAAGAGGAUCUUCUAGGUAUGGGGAUAACCUCUCUUGGUCCAAGAAAGAAAAUUGCCCAUGCUCUAUGCGAGUUACGGAAGAAAAACAAUGAUGCCAAUGAUUUGGCUGCUGAUAUGUUAAAUUUGGAGAAUACCAAGAAGGCUAAAAUUCCAAUGAAUGGAAACAAAUUAAUUACGGAGUACUUUCGGUGUCCAUCAUCUGAUCAAAGACAAAAGAAAGCAUGUAAAGUCAACACACCAUCUAAUUUGAAUAGCCAGAAAAAAUCCAAUGCUAAGGCCACUGGUGGAAGGCGUACUGUUAAAGGAAAGGUUAAAGAUACACCUAUUUGGUGUUGUAUCCCAGGGACCCCUUUUCGAGUGGAUGCUUUUCGCUACUUGAGAGGAGAUUGCUGCCACUGGUUUCUGACACACUUUCAUGUAGACCAUUACCAAGGCUUGACAAAAAGUUUUUGUCAUGGGAAAAUAUAUUGUUCAUCAGUUACAGCUAAUCUUGUACAUUAUAAGAUUGGUAUCCCAUGGGAUCGAUUACAUGUAUUGCCACUCAAUGAAAAGAUUACUAUCGCAGGAGUUAAUUUAACAUGUUUUGAUGCCAAUCAUUGUCCUGGAGCAGUUAUUAUUCUCUUUGAGCCAUCUAAUGGUAAAGCUGUUCUACACACUGGAGAUUUCCGGUUUUCUUCUGAGAUGGCAAACAAUCGUGUUUUGCAGUCUUCUCCUAUCCACACUCUAAUACUUGACACAACCUACUGUAAUCCACGAUACGACUUCCCAACUCAAGAGAUUGUAAUACAGUUUGUUAUCGAGGCUAUCCAAGCUGAAGCUUUCAAUCCAAAGACACUUUUUUUGAUUGGCAGCUAUACAAUUGGUAAAGAAAGACUGUAUAUGGAGGUUGCUCGUUUGCUUCAGAAGAAAAUAUAUGUUGGAGCUGCAAAGUUGCAAAUAUUAAAGCACUUGGGGCUUCCUCAGGAAAUCAUGCACUGGUUUACAGCCAAUGAAGCUGAAAGUCACAUACAUGUUGUUCCUAUGUGGACUCUGGCAAGCUUCAAGCGGAUGAAGUAUUUGUCCACUCAAUAUGCUGAUCGGUUUGACCUUAUAGUUGCAUUUUGUCCAACUGGUUGGUCAUUUGGUAAAGGGAAGAAAAGGACACCAGGCAGAAAAUGGCAACAAGGAGCAAUAAUCAGAUAUGAAGUGCCCUACAGUGAACAUAGCAGCUUCACAGAACUCCGGGAGUUUGUUAGGUUCAUCUCACCAGAGCACAUAAUUCCUAGUGUAAACAAUGAUGGCCCUGAUAGUGCAAAUGCCAUGCUGGCCCAAUUGUUGAAUGAUUAGCAAAUCCUACAUUCCAUUUCCAGUCUGGUUGCUAUCAAUACACAUUGCUUCAAAAUCACGUCAAGAAGAGUUGGACAUCGACAUACAGGUUAAUGAUCAGGAAUUAGCUGAGGGGAAAUCUGUAACAUCUCCGGGUCUCAGUUUUCCUUUGAUGAUGCCAAAGUCGUCAUGCAGGAUGCCAGGAUACAGGUCGUACUUCGUUUUCAGAUAAGUAAAAAUUCUGGAUGACAGAUUGGUUGCAAGGCUAUUGCUUCCUGGAAAAGCUGGAGAAACUCUGGUCUUUGGACAUCGUUGUGAAAUUUUCAGGAGAAGGGUUCAUGCUUAUUUUCAUCAGUAGAGUUCUCAAGUUUCAACACGGGCUGGUGUUCCUUAACAAGCGCAAGCCUUAUUUUUUUCUAAGUAUUCUCAUGGGCUUUAGCCUUCCGCUUAGCUGUAGCAAGUGGCAAGUAGCAACCCUUUUCUGUCUGCGCAUAAUUUCUCAAGAAUUCUCAAUCCACAUUUGUACAGCAAUGACUUUUGAAACUUGAUUUUAUUUUUCUUCCAAAGAAACACUUGCGGAUAAAUAGUCCCAUCGGUUUGUCUGUA